AUGGCUCCCUCAAGGGCAAAAUCCUUGUCGCUCAUGAUCGCCCUCGUUCUGGGUAUUGUCCUCUGCAUCUUUGCAGCACCGACACUCGCCUCAGCUCCAGCUGCAGCCUCACAACCAUCUCCAGAGGCAGAUGUCGAACUCAUCUGCCACACAGAUAACCCCAAAGACUGUUACCCAAAGGUGUUUCAACCAACAGAUGAGUUCCAGGUCGUCCACGAUGAUCAGGAACUUCCUCACGGGCUCCAUGUCCGCCUGAAUAUGUCCAACGGCAAGAAGGAGGCCAAGAUCAAUGUCCCCGAUGAAGGAAACCCUGCACUCGAAGGCCUCCCGGUUGACCAGGCUGUUGUUGUCGUCGAUCAGCAGCAACAGGAGGAUCCCCAAAUCCCCAAGGGAGCACCGGCUUAUGAACCCAUUGGUAAAAUCAAGGAGCCCGAGGGCGAGGAUUUCGUCGGUAAGCCCUUCUUCACCGCCAUGAAGAUGUUGAAGGCUGGCGAAACCGGCCAAGGCAAGGAGCUUGACGAUGCGCUCGAGGGAAUGGAAGAACUGUCACAUGAUAUUUACUACGGUCUCAAGGUCACCGAAGACCCAGCGGUGUUGAAGGCUCUCUUCUGCAUGAUGGCAGAUUCAGAUGUUGCUUACCCUGCUGGCAUCACUCCUCGGGAUCAUCAAGCAGCUGCCAUCCUCGGGGCCGCGCUGCAGAACAAUGCUGCGGCAUUGAAAGAGAUCACCAAGCAGUGGCCUAGUCUCAUGGAGGGCCAGUGCCCGAGCAACAGCAAGUCUCUAAAGGAGUCUUUCUAUACACCUCUUGUGCCCGCUCAUGUUCCAUCGUCGCUCAGCACCAAGACGUUGGCCUCUGCAGCGAAAGCCAAGGUUGGGGCUAUCAACGGCCUCAUCAAGAGCGAUGUCAUCCGAGAGGAAUUCCUCAACAACGACGGCAUGAAGCUGUUGCUUGAGGUGCUCGUGCCCGAAGGCAAAGAAUGGGAUACUACACAGCGCAAGGUCGGCCAGUUGGUUCUAGAUACUUUCUUGGAUGAAGAUAUGGGCGCAAAGCUCGGUCAGUGGCCUCGCACGGAGCGAGACAGCGACGCAAAAUGCCGAGUAUUCGAGACAAGCACCGGAGAGGGGUGCUGGGACUACCAUGUCGCGAGGAUCCUGAAGGAGAACAAGAGAGACAGCGGGCAUUGGAGCCGGGAUCUACAUGAUCGGCUUGCAGCAUUGAGGAAGAGCGGAAAGGUGCCUCCUCGGGUUGAAUUGUAG